UACAACAUACAUCACCUCUAUUCUCUAGGAUGUCUGAUAAGCGCGAGCUCUUUGAACAGUCAUCACAGUUCCGGCACUGGCGCUACACGCCCAGCUCGCUGAGCGCCCUGCGUGCUGCCAACAAUCAGCAGGGAAUCGCGCGCGUGCGCCAGAGCCUGCUCGCCGAAUCAUCGCUCGAUGGCAAUUCGGCACGCACCGCCGAGGCCGAAAACAACAUGCUGACGCCAGCGGAUGAGCUUGGUCUGAUAAACUACUACCUGCAAAAGAUCCGCGACUAUGCGACGGUCUACAAGUUCAACAGCACGGUCAAGGCCACCGCAAUCACAUUCAUGAAGCGGUUCUACCUGCACAACGUCGUGUUUGACUACCCGCCAAAAGGCAUCAUGCUAGCAUGCCUGUACCUGGCGACCAAGGUUGAAAACUCGUUUGUCAAGAUUGAUGAUUUCACAAAGCCGCUGGCGCGCACAAAAGUGACCAACAGCGAUGUGCUCGAUUACGAGUUUGUUGUGACGCAGAGCUUGCAGUUCGAUCUGGCGGUGCACCACCCGUAUCGGCCGGCGUAUGGAUUCUUCUUGGAUAUGCAGACAUAUGUGGAGGACAUCACAGUGUUGCAAAAGACAUACGAGCUGGCGCAGAAAUACAUUGACCAGGCUGUGUUCACUGACCUGGUGUUUUAUUACCAGCCGGCCCAGAUUGCCUUGGGCGCGAUCAAAUUGGCAGCAGUCGAGACGCGGUGCGAUGUUGACCAGUACUUGACAUCGCAGUUCGAUGCAAGGGCCCUGGAGAGCCUGUAUCCAAUUUUGGAUAACGUGCAGGAGGAGAUCCGAAAGUACCAGCCGGUAUCGAUGAAGGAGGCCCAGGUCAUUGACCGCAAGCUGAUUCUUUGCAGAAACCCAGAGAAAAAUCCGAGCAGCAGCCUCUAUAAAAGCAAGAACCCAGAGGUGCCGUAUGUGUCUGACUCUGACUCUGACUAGGACAUGCAUGGGCGAGUUACAUGCCAUGAUAAUUGUUAACUUGGGGAAUGAGUGGUUAUCGAAUAUAUGGAAAAAU